AUGGGUAAAUCUGUCAUAAAAAAAGGACGAAAAAAAGCAGCUCAUCAGGGGGAUCCAGUUUUAAGAGAUGGGAUUAUUAAGCUCAAAGAAAAGUUAACCAGCAGACAAAAGAAAAGACUUAGAAAGCGGAUAUUAAAUUCUGAUAGUAAAUUAAAAAAUAAAACGGUUUCAAAGGCUAUUGAAAAUUCUGUUGAUGAGCUGGGUACUCUGAAGGAGUUCCCCAUUGGAAACGGUGGUAGUGAACACAUAGGUGAUGACUUCGGUCAUCUUUCGGAUUUGGAAGAAGAGGAGCUAAAAAUGAAAGUGGAUGUUUUAGAAACUGUGGAUGAAAAAGACGAUGUAAUUACGAAUCUUGAUCCUGGUGACGAGGAGGGAAAAGUUGCUCUGGAUUCUAGCACUCUGGACCAGCGCAUUCGGAAUUGGCUUUAUAUUCUUUCCGAUUAUAAGAAUAGAGCACCAAAAGAUCUCGAAAGAAGGUUGUGUGUAAACACACUGUUGAGUGAUUUGUGUUCUCGAUAUACUUAUAAUCGUUUUCUCAUGUUGAAACUACUUGAUCUGUUCCCCAGAGAGAUAGUUGAGUUUGUGGAAGCAAAUGAAGUUGACAGACCGGUCACCAUUCGUACAAAUACGCUGAAGACUCGUCGACGAGAAUUAGCUCAAGCUUUAAUAAACCGAGGUGUAAAUCUUGAUCCAUUGGAACCUUGGAGCAAAGUUGGGCUUGUUGUUUAUUCAUCACAAGUCCCGUUAGGUGCAACGCCAGAGUACCUUGCUGGCCACUAUAUACUUCAAGGUGCGAGCUCCAUGCUUCCUGUGAUGGCAUUAUCUCCUCAACCAGGUGAACGUAUCUUGGAUUUAUGCGCCGCACCUGGUGGAAAAACUACUUAUAUAGCACAAAUCAUGAAGAAUACUGGAACCAUCUUCGCUAAUGAAAUAAAUCCCAACAGAGCUAAAGCAUUACUUGGAAACUGUCAUCGUAUGGGUGUAACGAAUACUGUCAUAUGUACUGAAGACGGUCGUAAAUUUCCGAAGAUUAUGUCUAAUUUUGACCGAGUACUCGUUGAUGCACCCUGCUCAGGUACCGGAAUCAUUGCUAAAGAUCCCUCUGUAAAAACCAAUAAGAAUAACGGAGAGAUACACAAAUGCGUGGAGUUGCAGAAAAGGUUACUCACAGCAGCGAUUGAUGCUUGCAAAGUUGGAGGUUACAUUGUAUAUUCCACAUGCUCCAUAUUGGUUGAAGAGAAUGAAAAUGUGGUCAAUUUCGCAUUAAAACGACGAAAAGUACGUUUGGAAGAAACGAAACUGUUUGGUGAGAAGGGUUUCACAGCAUUCAAAGGUUAUCAUUUUCAUCCCCACAUGAGCCGUGUUCGACGUUUCUAUCCACACAAACACAAUGUGGAUGGGUUCUUCGUAGCUAAAAUGAGAAAAUUGGCAGCCAAUUCCCCUGCGAAAAAGGAGGUAACUUAA